AUGCCAGUCAAGAUCAACGAUUCGCCGAACACUUUGUCGUCGCCGUUGAGUGACUCGGUGGAUCUUGGCAACUUUCCUAUACCAACGCCGUUGGUCUCGGCAGGGUGGCUGGAUGCAGUGCAUAGCGCACGGCCACCUACUGCGCGGCCGCCAGCGGUCGCUUCCGGCGCCAGCAACACCUGUGCGGCAGCGCCACUGCGCCUGAGCAGUGCCGCUGGAAAAACGCACGCGCAGAGGAGAGCCCGCAAUGAGCACACGCCUACGGCAAGUCGGAAUUCGGCAGAGAUGUCAGCGAUGCUGAGUCCCAUCCCGGUUAACGCAGACGACUCCGAUGUCCCUAUACAGCAACUCCUCUCGCCCGUAGAGAAAAUGACAAGGCCAGGCAACUAUUCCACCUCUAAAAGUCUAGCGCGCGGCUCUACGGCCACGCCAGCGCCACCAUCAGCACGAACGCAACUGAAUGCACAUCGCUCCACGUCUGCACCCUCACGGCAGGCGUCGUGGGAUCCUUUCCCUGCAAAAUUCGCUUCGGAAGCAAUGCCCGCACCACCGACCACGACGGUGCUGCCACCACCUCCUGUUGCGUCUCAACAGACUCCCAUUGGCGACAGUCAUGUGGCCGCAGCGAACACCCUGAGCACCACAGCACAGUUGCACAGCGACGACGACACCAUUGCCUUCACUGACGGCUCACCGCAACGCCACGACCAACAGUCUACUACACCGUACUCAUCUGCAUUAAUGCAAGCGCUGUCGCGCACAGAGGGUGCAGCGGCGCUAACGAGUCCGUGGGCCUCAGCAACGCAGCGUGGGGGCCCCUCCGCGUACUACUCAGAGGGUGACACCGGCAACGGGAGCUCCAGCGACGUCCCUCCUGACAUGUACGUGGAGGCGAUGAAGGCGAAAGUGGCCAAGCAGCAGUGGAUGGCCCUCGAGAGGGCGCGGCAGGAGGUGCUCGAGGAGGCGCGCCGUCGACGUGACUGCCCAUUCGCCCCUCAAGUUUCCCGUUACGCCGCACGCAUCCAGAGACCUGCCUCUCUUCGUCCUGAGAACCGUUUCAGCGCUGAGAUGAUCCGCCGCAAGCAAUGGGUGGCCAAGAGGCAGCAGGAAGAGGUGGAGCGUGAGCUGCAGUCGUGCACUUUCCGCCCCUUGACCCUGCGGACUGCUCAACUAGACCCCACCGCUAUCGAGUCUCCCCGGGCGGCGACUACUGUGUUCCACGACCUCUACGCAGAGGCCGAGAACCGCCGUGCAUUUGAGCAUGACGUCAAGCCGCAGCUUGUCCAUCAGCUAGAGGAGCGCCGGCGAUCAUCUCCGGCGCCGCUGAGGCCUGGGCAGCUGGCAGAGGUUGUAGAGCGUUUGUGCGCCCGUGGCGUAGUGCGUAGCGGGGUUGGAGCCGCACAGCAGAAGGAUAAUACGGAUGGUGCUCCAUACGAGGGCAGUGCUCGAUCAGUGGAGUGUCCUGGCGUACCGCCAGAUGUGCAUCACCCAACCUUGUCCCUUGAAACGAAGCGCAUUGUGGCUGCCCAGGUGGCCUCGGGCGAGCGCGAUGGCAACAUUGUAAAGCAGCUGUACCGCCACUCGGAGCAAGGCGUCGUGCGAGGUCAACUGAAACGCGAGCUAGACCGGGAGCAGGAGCGGCUUGCACGGGCAGAGGAGGCCAUAGCCCUUGCCCAAGAGCGCAAGCGUCUUCAGCAAGAGUACUAUCGCUCUGUGCUAGUUGCCAAGUUCCGCGCGCUUGCUAGGCACGUGGCAUCCGCGCAGCACUGCCCAUACCGAACCACCGCACCGCAAUCUGUCGUACAGGUGGCUCGCGCUGCCCUGGACAUCCUGAGCACUGAGGAGGCAGAAGAACUCCUUGGUGCCGUGGAGCACUGCGGACGACACAGGCUGACAGAAGACGAGUUUGUUGCGGUCGUGUUUCGGUACUUGGCGGAGCAAGAGGCGACCCCUGUGCAAAGUGCGCUGCUGCGCAAUGCCCCGCCCCCGCUACGUGUGUUUCGCAGGGCUGCAAGCGCCGCCACACUGAAGCGAGCAGACAGUGCCCCAGGUGCCGCCGCCAGCGCGGAGAGCUCCCCUUCUGCGUUGCCACGCGUGAAGCGAGAGAAACCAGAUCCGGAAGUGAUUGGGCAGGUUCGCGCACGAAGAGCGCAGCAGCUGGCGGAGUGGACAAAGGAAAGUCAGCGUCAACGCCCCAUCACAGAUGGGGUGCUUGCCGAUGGUGCCGACUACACCUUCCAGCCGGCGCCGCGGCGCUUGAUCCCGUACGCGUGCAGGCCAGACAUGACCGUGCCGGUAAAGUCAACGAAGAGCGAGAUGCUGCGGCGCGCCCACUUGAGUGCGCGGAUGUAUGGCAUUGCCCCAGCACUUGGGGUCGACUCCAUGGCACGCCCUCUCUCAGCCCAGAGACUAACACCAUCCCGUACAACAACCCGAGAGCUGUUUUCACGGGGCACUUUAAAUCCGGCUUCACUGUGGACGCGCGAGCGGUCGCGGAGUGCCGCAGCUCGCAGCGAGGCACCGACAGCGCCGGAAGGCGGCGCCGCAGCACUUACAUCCACUGUGAGCGGGCCAGUGGUAACUCCGCGUGCAACGUUUUCGCGUCCAUGUGCAGGACCUGCACAGGCGCUCUCCGCCUCACCUGCUAGUAGAAAGGCCCCGGCAGAGGCGGAACUACAAUGCCACUCCUACGUGGCGACGCUUGCGGGACGCUCUGCUGCAGCACCUCGGCAGCGCGCAUCGACGAGCAAAGGUUACCCAAGCGCGCUGGCAGCGCGCCACCCCUGCGCGAGCUCCUGCCAUGGGCGUGGUAAUUUGUUGACGGCAUCACCGUCUUUGGCUGAGCAAAUUAUGCAUAGCACUCCGGAAGACCGAGCGCGUCUUGGGCAUGAGCUGCUGCUGCGCCAAAUACGAGAGCAUCAGCGCCGCUCCGCUGCGUGA